GGAGAUAGCAGAAAAACAGAUCCUGACCCAGUCGGUCUGGGGUGGGGCUGAGUCUGCGUUUCUAACAAGCUCCCAGGUGAUGCUGAUGCUGCUGGACCCAGAGCCACUUUGAGCCACAAGGGCCUAGCCAACUGGAUUGGCUGCGGGAAGGGAGGCCACCGGGAGCCCAGGUGAUGAAGCCCAGCAGUUUGUGCCAUCGAUGCCGCCUGCCGUGAUGGUGGAGUGUCUGGAGGCCCAGCUGGUGGUCACUGUCAACAAGGACCUUUUCGGCACCGGGAAGCUCAUCAGGCCUGCAGACCUCACCCUGGGCCCUGACAGCUGUGAGCCGCUGGUCUCUGCGGACACAGAUGCUGCGGUCAGGUUUGAGGUCGGGCUGCAUGAGUGUGGCAAUGGCAUGCAGGUGACCGAGGAUGCCCUGGUGUACAGCACCUUUCUGCUCCACAACCCCCGCCCUGCGGAAAACCUAACCAUCCUGAGGACUAACCACGCCGAGGUUCCCAUCGAGUGCCGCUACCCCAGGCAGGGCAACGUGAGCAGCUGGGCCAUCCUGCCCACCUGGGUGCCCUUCAGGACCACAGUGUUCUCGGAGGAGAAGCUGGUUUUCUCUCUGCGCCUGAUGGAGGAGGACUGGAGCGCCGACAAGACGACGCCCACCUUCCAACUGGGAGACAGAGCCCACCUCCAGGCCCAAGUCCACACCGGCAGCCACGUGCCACUGCGACUGUUCGUGGACCACUGUGUGGCCACGCCGACGCCGGACUGGAACACCUCUCCUUCUCACACCGUCGUGGAUUUCCACGGUUGUCUCGUGGAUGGUCUCACCGAUGCCUCGUCUGCUUUCAAAGCACCCAGACCUGGGCCAGAGACACUCCAGUUCACGGUGGACGUGUUCCAUUUUGCUGAUGACUCCAGAAACACGAUAUAUAUCACCUGCCAUCUGAAGGUCACUCCAGCUGACCAAGUCCCGGACCAACUGAACAAAGCCUGUUCCUUCAGCAAGUCCUCCAAUAGAUGGUCCCCGGUAGAAGGCCCUGCUGAUAUCUGUCAAUGCUGUAACGAAGGGCGCUGUGGCAUUCCAGGCCGUUCCAGGAGGCUGUCCCGCCUAGAGGGACAGUCUGUUUCCCGCAGUCGCAGGCAUGUGACAGAAGAAGCAGAUGUCACAGUGGGGCCACUGAUUUUCCUGGGAAAGACGAGUGACUACGGCGUGGGAGGGUCGACCUCCUCUCCCACCUCUGUGAUGCUGGGUGUGGGCCUGGCUGCUGUGCUGUCCCUGACCCUGGCUACCAUUGUCCUGGCUGUCACCAGGAGGCGUCGGGCUGCUUCCCACCCUGUGAUAUGCCCUGUGUCUGCUUCACAAUAAAAGAAGAAAGUGA